AUGGCGGCGGCACCGGCGGCGCGGGAGCUCACGCAGAACCCUCUGCAGAAGACGUGGGAGCCCUACGAUAACGGGCUGCCCGCGGGGCACAGCGCGCAGCGCGGCGUAUGUAUGACCAAUUGCCCUACUCUGAUUGUCAUGGUGGGUCUCCCAGCGAGAGGAAAAACCUACAUCUCCAAGAAGCUGACACGCUACUUAAAUUGGAUUGGAGUGCCUACGAAAGAAUUUAAUGUGGGUCAGUAUCGGCGAGAUUUGGUGAAAAAAUAUAAAUCCUUUGAAUUCUUCCUGCCUGACAAUGAAGAAGGCUUGAAAAUCAGGAAACAGUGUGCCUUAGCAGCUCUGAACGACGUCCGGCAGUACCUCAGUGAAGAGAACGGGCACGUGGCUGUCUUUGAUGCUACAAACACAACUCGGGAACGCAGAGAAACUAUUUAUAAAUUUGGUGAAGAAAAUGGAUAUAAGACUUUUUUUGUGGAGUCUGUGUGUGUCGAUCCGGAGGUCAUUGCUGCAAACAUUGUGCAAGUAAAGCUGGGUAGUCCUGACUAUGUUGAUUGUAGUAAUGAUGAAGCAACAGAAGACUUCAUGAAAAGAAUAGAGUGCUACAAGAACUCGUAUGAGACCUUAGAUGAAACUCUGGACAAGGAUCUUUCUUACAUUAAAAUCAUGGAUGUUGGAAGGAGUUAUCUCGUGAACAGAGUGAUGGAUCACAUCCAGAGCCGGAUUGUCUACUACCUCAUGAAUAUCCAUGUGACUCCUCGGUCAAUCUACCUCUGCCGGCACGGAGAGAGCGAGCUCAAUCUGAAGGGCAGGAUAGGAGGAGAUCCUGGGCUGUCUGUCAGGGGGAAAGAAUUUGCCAAAAGCUUGGCACAGUUUAUUAAUGAGCAAAAUAUCAAAGAUCUGAAAGUUUGGACCAGCCAGAUGAAAAGGACAAUUCAGACUGCUGAAGCCUUGGGAGUGCCUUAUGAACAGUGGAAAGUUUUGAAUGAGAUAGAUGCAGGAGUAUGUGAAGAAAUGACAUAUGAAGAAAUACAGGAAAAUUAUCCGCUUGAAUUCGCACUGAGAGACCAAGACAAAUACAGAUACAGAUACCCUAAAGGAGAGUCCUAUGAAGAUCUUGUUCAGAGGCUGGAGCCAGUAAUUAUGGAACUCGAAAGGCAGGAAAAUGUGCUUGUCAUUUGUCACCAAGCUGUCAUGCGCUGCUUGCUUGCUUAUUUCCUUGACAAGCCUGCAGAACAACUGCCCUACCUGAAGUGCCCACUGCAUACUGUCUUAAAGCUAACCCCGGUGGCUUAUGGAUGUAAAGUAGAAUCUAUAUUUCUGAAUGUCGAAGCUGUAAACACACACAGAGAUAAACCUGAGAAUGUAGGUGUGAAUAGGUCGAGAGAAGAAGCUUUGAGGACAGUCCCCACCCACCUAUAGCUGCAGCUCCUGGGGCAGCAGCCCUUCCUCCAGCAGCUCAGGGCCCGGCGCUGUCGGAUCGGGGUCGGGACGGGAUGGAAGCGCCUCCCCUUCCCUUCGAGACAUUUCCAGUGUGAUUCUGCUGCUUUGGACAAAACCUGUGCUCGUGGAUAACUCGAAAGGUAUCACUAAAAAGAUUGUGGGAAGCAGAGCAGAGUUGGUUUUAGAUUUUUCUUAUGUAAAUUUGUGCAGUUUCAGUGGGUUUUUACUGUUCUUCUGUGGAUAAUGCAAGGUGGUUAAUUGCCCGUGUUGAUUUUACUGUCAGAUUUUAACUAGAUUCUAUUUUCUUUUGUAAGUGUUUUUUCUAAGAGUUCUCUUAUUUUUACUGUGAAUGAUUGCCUAGAAUUACAUGGAGUUUUUUUGAUGGUGUAUUUAACAUGGGCAAAAUUAUACCUUUUGAGCACUGGAGAGUUCAUGUUGCAAAACUUCUUUAAAUGGGGAAGCCCAUCAGUUCUGAUAAUUGUCCUAUGUUUUAAAUUGAACUUUUAAAUUUAAUUGAACAUUUGAAUUGAAAUUGUGGUUUGCCAACCACAAUUUAAAGUUUUUCUGAAAUUCACAAGGGAAAUGUUCCCUUUGGAGAAUCAAAGCAUUAAUGCUGGAUUUGCUUCCUGGGAAAUUCUGCUGUUCUAGCAAGAUUUUAACACUUUCCAGAGACCAGGGGUAUUUUGGAGGGCAAUGGGAGAUAUGAGUGUGAGUGACAGCUGGGGAAUGAAUCAAGAGAGAGAUGGAGAGAGACAAAUCCUUUCUGCUGCAGUUAUGGGAGGGGAUGAGCAGCUUUUCUGAGUCUGGAAGGGAGGGGAAAAGGAUUCAGCCUGUCAAAGGCUGGAAAAGCUGCUUGUCUUGUUAGUGUUGUCAUUAUAUUUUUAGAGAAUUUUUGGAAUGAAUUUCAACAUAAAAGUAUAUGUUUCUCUUUUAUAGUCACAUUUAACACGUACAUCAGGAAACAGUACAGAAAGGUUAGGUGAGUUUAACCAUCCUAACAGCUCAUGCAACAAAAACACCAGGUAAAUUCUGAAAUAAUUUUUAACAUGGCACACCUGCCUUGGAGUUUUUUUGGUUUUAAGCACCUUCCAUCAUCCCAAUUCUUCUUUGUUGCUCUUUUAUGCCUAGUGAAACUCCAGUGCUAAAAAUGGAAUUUUUUGUGUCUGUCAAGGUCACAACCUUUUAACUGUACUAAAUCAAAGUGUAUUUUGUAUGUGUGUUACCAGACAAUUGAAGUGAGCUGCCAGCACUGCUGCUGGCUCUGGCUCUGCAAUGAGGAGAACUAUUCUUUGGUAGCUGGACUGUGGUUUUUUCCUCAAGAUUCUCUCCAAUUAAUUGAGCUUUUACCAUGUGAGUUGUUGGGGUUGUUUUGUUGUUUUGGGUUUUUUUUUCUUUCCCGAAUUCCUGUGUGAAAUACCAGGCCCUGGUAACAUAGUUUUGCAGGCAAGGGCUAAAUUGUCUUUUGUUUGUGCAGGGUUUAUAAAAUAAUGUGCUGCUGUUGUGAUUACUUUUUUUUUUUAAUAAGCUAAAUUCAGCAAUAUAUUCAGCUCUGGAAGUAAGCCAUAGUGCAUUGCUGGGUUGUGUUUCAGAGGAGGAAUGUGUAGGGUGCAGAAUGCCCAGGAACACUUGCUUCAAGCGCUGCUGUCUAAAGCUUUGUGUGUGUGUGUGUGUGUGUGUUAUGGUAAUGCCAUUUCAGACCUUUAUUAAUUCAGCCGUGGCCCAUAGUUGUGGGGUGAGGAGAGAGCCUGCCUGGCACUGCUCAGAGGAGUGAAUUUAUUGAUGUGUGCUUAACAAGGCCACCUUUGUGGCACAACUGAAGGAGCCAUUUCCCCUCCCACUGUGGUGUGGGAAAGCUGGGCUGUGCCUCAGGCAGCCCUUGCUCCUCUGCUGGGACGGGGGGGUGGUUAAACAGCUUUUACACUGAGAAUGUCAGGCUUUAUCUGUAAAAAUCCCAGGAGGCUGCAUUAGAGAAGUGGGAUUUUACUGGCCCAUUGUGAGCUCAGACCUGACUGAAGAAAUGUGGGCAGAAAUGUUUCCCCCAGUGAGAGCUGAGCCCAGGGUUCCUUCUCUUUGCUGGCAAGCACAGCUUGAAGUGUCUCCUCUUCCCCUUUGUUUUACCUCUCUGAUCUGUCAGAGGUGCUGUAACAUCCUCGAGGCUACAUGUUCUAUGUACAGUAGGUAUUUUUAUAUCCUGCUUUCAGAUAUACUGUGAUGAUUGUUUUACUGCAAUGGGUGUUCAGUAAAAAGAGAUGUAUACAAGUGUAAAUAAACUAUUGUGCUGAUACUUGAAGAGAAAAAAAAAAUGAAGUUGUUUGGUUCUAUGGUAGGAAGGUACUAAAUCAGUGGCUGCAUCUGACCCUGGCUGGAGAGAGCAGGUGUAGAUGAUGAAUGUAGAUUUGAGCUGAAUGUAGAUUUGGAGUGAUGGGUUCUCCCAGGGUUGUAACCCUAACUGCUCUUCUGGGGAGGCACAGUUAAGAAUUGCAGUUAAUGUCACUUUGUAAAAGUGUGUGUCCCCCACUCCUGACAGAAUAGUCACUGACAGGGGAGGGGAAAACCCUUGUCCUGACCUUCUGUGUUUGUACCAUUUGACUGCCUCUGUUCUGUGUGUGCCUGGCUCAGAUGCAGUCUCUCAAAUGGGAUUAAAAUGUCCUUUCUUACAUCGUUGACGUUUGUUGUGAUCUUUCAGACAAAUGUAAUCAUUUGACCUUUGAUCCAAGUAAUAAAGAUCAAAUGCUACAAGG